UAAAAAUACAUUUGGUUGGAGACGCGCCUAACUUUAUUCUUAAUAUUAGCUGAUAACUUUUUAUUUUAUUUCAAGUGCUUUUUUACUCUUUACAUUUUGUAGUGAGAUGUUAGCUAAACCAUCCAACAUUUAUUUAGUUUGCAAUGUUUGUAAAAAUGAUAAAACAUUCAGUACAAAACAAAAACUUAGACAGCAUCUAAAAACUCAUUCACUCAGUUUAGAAACAGAUUUUAAGGGUAGACCUUGUAAGCAACAAAUAAAACAAUCAGAUCAACCAGUAGGUUGUGAUGUAUAUGGAUGUCCAUGCUGUAAUUCAUUUUUUAUAAGUCUUGAUGAACUUGAUAAUCACAUAUCUAUCCAUAUAAUCGAGACUGACAAUGAUAAUAGCGAAGAAAAGCGAUCGGAAAUAAAUCCAAGUGAUGAGCAUGAUAAUCCUCAACACGAACCUAUUACAAUAUCUACCACUUUGUCAAUUGAAGAUUGUAAAUCCGAGAGCAUCAUUCAAACUAGACAUAACAAUAAGCGUUCUUAUGAAGAAUCUAUCUUGUUUGCAUGUCAAAAAAUGAAAAGUGAAGAAGACGAUAAGAAACAAACACUUUAUAUUGUAGAUACAUUGCAUUUAAAGCCAUAUAAAUUAACUAAUGAACGUGGUGAAGAAGCCAAUGUUUUAGCUCACCUUACCGCUGUAGAUAAAUUUAUAUCAACAUCUUCACUUAUUAGUCCUACAGUACCUUCUAAAAAACGAUAUUUUGAUGUCGAUUCUACCUUUAAUACAUGUGGUCGUUGCUUAACUAAUCAUCCUCAUGAAUUAGAAACUGUAAUCUCUCAAUCACCAUAUAAAAAAUUGCUGAAUACACGAAAUUUUAUGGAAAUAUCUGACAGUCUUUGUAAUUUAUUGAAUACUGACUGGUUAAUGUAUAGCAAUAUGAAGCAGCCCUCCGGCCGUACAAAAAGUACUGAUAUACAUAGGGAACUUUUUGGAGCGAAGAAGCAAAGUUCAGUGAAGACCUCUCUUCCACCUCCGAUCAUUACUAAAUACAACAACAUAUGGCCAACAACUAUGCACAGUAAUGAUGGGGAAAAGUUGGUAAUUGGAACCCUCUCUUGUAAUAUACUUGUUACCUCGUCCAUUCGCAUAGAUAAAGCAGAAAAGCCGGUAGUAGGAGCAACUAUGCAUAUGGAUCUAAAUCAGCGAUAUGACUCAUUAUCUAUAAGUAUAUAUCUUGACAAGCAAUCAGUGGACCGAGCGUUAGCCUUAGCUAAAGACAAAAAAUGUAUAUCAAUUUACAACAGUUACUUCUUAGGGCAAUUACGACAACUAAACACACAUUUUGACGACGCAUCCACUUACUAUCUUUGUCGCGCUUCAGGCUCUAUCACCCAAAGCCACCAAUGCCAACCAUAUUCAAUAUUUACAUUAGCAGAUUUCGAUAAGGGCAUGAAUCCUGCUGCAAGAAUUUUUAGUACUAUCGGAAUUAACGUUCUUCAAAAAGGUCGAAAAGCUUGCUUAAAUAGGGAUAUAGUUGUUGAAUCUUUAGAGGCCAGCAAUAAUGAGAACAUAAAUAAAGUCCUCCUUGAACUGUUAGCUUUGUUUAAUACUGAUGAAUCUAUUCAAAUUCUCUCAAAUAAUACCUUGAACAAGCAUUUAGAAAAACUUGCCAUUUUAAUGCACCCAUACCUCAUCACAGCUAACAAAUCCAUUGAAAGUACAAUCUUACAAACUUUUGAAUACCUUGAUUAGUGCUUAUAAUUUUUAUUAACUUAACGAUUUUAUUCAGCUAACAAAUGUGGGUUAACAUUCCCUUUUAUUCUAAAUAAUAAAAAUCCAUACUUUAUUAAUUUUCAGAAAUAAUAAAUAGUCC